AUGACCGAAGUUGUUGGUCGUGUGGGAGGAGAAUUGGUGGAUCUGGAUUCUGUAUUCUCUUCUCCCAAUCGAUCAUCAGCUUUCAUUUCAAUUGAAUCAGCCGCUACAAAGAUUUCUUCAAUCGGUGAACCAAAACCAUUCGAUUGUUCUUCAAGCAUUGACGAGAAGCCAAUCUUCAUGCAAUUUCCUGUUGCUGUCACGGAUCUUCCCGCUACAUCAACCACAGGCUGCAAUUCUCCUUACGACGAAAUUUCUUGUGUUGGGUGUGGAUUUGAGAUUCGAGAUAGAUACAUGUUAAAGGUAAUGGAAGAGCCAUGGCAUGAGAAUUGUCUUCGUUGUUGUGCCUGUCAAAGGCCGCUUUCUUCCAAUGGAUCGUGCUUUGCAAAAGAUGGCCGAUUGUACUGCAGAGAAGAUCAUUCUGAAUUGUUUGGUCGAAAAUGCCGUCGAUGUUCCCUUUCAUUGCACCCAAGUGAUAUGGUGUUUCGAUGUGUUCACGCAACCUAUCAUGCUCAAUGCUUUAGUUGUUUUCAAUGUGGGAAACCAUUGCAAAAGGGAGACGAGUAUUCCAUUCUGGAUACUGAGGUUGUCUGUCUUAACGAUUAUCAGACAUUUCUCUAUCACACUCAAUUACCACCAGGAAUUUCAAUGGAUUUCUUCGAUCACAAUGAUUCGAGCAGAAAAACACCGAAACGACCGAGAACGAUACUGAAUGCACAACAAAGGAAACAAUUCAAAGCCGCCUUUGAGAAAAGCUCGAAACCUUGUCGAAAGGUUCGAGAACAAUUGGCCAAAGAAACUGGGUUGAGUGUCCGAGUCGUUCAAGUGUGGUUUCAAAAUCAACGAGCAAAGAUCAAAAAACUUUCCCGGAAAGAGGGCGAUAAAGUGGGACAAUCGGCUGAUUCUGAAGGAAAAUCGAUUGAAGAUGCAAAGAGUGAAAGUGAUGAAGAAAACGAUUCCGAGGCAGAGACAUGUGGAUCGGGAACAACGAGUGGAUGUGGUGAUCCCACUCAAAUCGGUCUUCCUCCAACAAAUACUCCAAUUCUUCGACCCGAAGCCCAAAAUCCGAAUCCAAUUGCUCGACUGUAUAACAUGCAAAAUGCUUACUUUCAAUUUGCC